UGUGCCGUUACCUUCCUGAGACAAACAGAUGAUGAAUAUUAUUGGCAAUAUAACGGUAACAGCAUGGAAGCUCAGAUCACCAGCUAAACCUCUGUUUUAUACUGCCCUGUUGGAAAACAGGUAUUUACUUAACUGCUAAUAGUGACACAUAUCAUGACUGUGUGCCUAUCAAGUGACCAAUAAUUAAUACUUUCCGAAUAUGCAUUAAAAAAGGUGUUUUUUGGAUAGUGCCACUGUGCACGCAAAUAUGUAAUUUGUACUUUCACAUGCUAAAUACCCAUUAAAAACGUUGCACCAUUUUACCACAAGCUGAAAUUAUGGCUGUCAGUACUACUUUGUGUUUCUGUUGUAUUUCAAAAAAUUAAAAAGACAUUUUGGUAAGAUUUGCAGAGUGCUUAUCUAAUUAAGCAAAGUGAGAGGAGCCUUGAUCCUCACCAGCCAAUGCCUUUGUAAACUUCAUGUAUUAUGUUGCCAUAUUUUAUCUCAACAGUAUCUCGGAAGCAGAUGAAAAGUGAUGAACUCCGAAUAAUUUUGGUGGGGAAGACAGGAGCGGGGAAGAGUGCCGCAGGAAACACCAUCUUGGGGAGCGAAGUGUUUCAGUCACAACUGUCUGCUGCUUCCUGGACAUUUCAAUGCAAGAGGGCUGAGGGAGAGGUUAGAGGUCGAAAUGUCACCGUCAUCGACACUCCGGGGCUGUGUGACACAAAUUUCACCCAUGAAGAAGUGUUGGAGAAGAUUGAGCAGUGUAUUUCUCUGUCUGCCCCUGGUCCUCAUGCCUUCCUUGUGGUUCUGAGGCUCGGCAGGUUCACCCAGGAGGAGAAAGACACCCUGAGGAUGAUUCAAAGCACUUUUGGUGAAGAGGCAGCUAAAUACUCACUAGUGUUGUUCACACAUGGAGACAAACUAAAGAAACAAACUAUUGAAAGCUUUGUUUCAAAGAGUGAAGAACUCAAAGAGUUCAUUCAGGAAUGCUAUGGGAGAUAUCACGUCUUCAACAACCAGGUGAAAGACCAGGAACAGAUUGACCAGCUACUGGAGAAAAUUGACAGAAUGACUCUGGACAAUGGCGGAGGGCACUACACUGCACGGUUGUUCACAAAAGCAAAAAAGGCCUCAAAGAAAGAGAAACGAAGACUUUCAAAGGAGCAGAAGGUGGCAGAGCGGGAGAGGAAGAGCACCCUGAAGGCUAAAGUUAAGAGCGAAAUGAAUUUAACAGGAGGGUCAACUAAACGCAGUAAAUGUAUUCUGCAGUAGGUGAUGGAGGUGUUCUUCAGAAGCAGUGGAAUUUGUGAAGCAUGUUGUGAUGCUCUGAUAAUUAUGGAUUAAAUGAUAUGAUGCAUUUUGUAGUGCCUAUACAGAUACUUUCAUUUUGUGUCAAAAGUUUAGCACAUUGGAGUCUGUUUGAGCCAAACAGUUGUAAAAUACUUUAUUCCAAAAUUGCCUCCUCUGCCUGGGCUGCUUCUAGUAAGACUGUCCAUGUGAUGCUGGAUGGGUCAAGUUCCUCCAGACCAAAAAGGGAAAAACUUUUCUUUAAGGGGCUGCUUUAUGCAUGUAGACAUAGUCAUGUUGAAACAGGAGAGGGACAAAGACAAACUGUUGACACACAGGUGGAACAACACUGUAUAUAUUGUACAUGUUAAUUAUUGUGUUUACAUGUAGGCGUAUUGUAUAGAGAUUUUCAGGUACAAAACUGCAGGAAUGGUGUUGAUUUGGAUAUCAGGAUGGUGUCUUGAACUCUUUUUGUUGACUAGGAUUGGAUGCAUUUGAUGCAGGUGGUGGAAUAUUAUUUUUUAGUUAGACAGUCCACGUGUGUUAGCCCUGAGGCAGCUGUACUCUUCCUCUUGCGCAGUGCAUGCUGGGAUACAUUCCAUCCCCCCAUGGCGCUGAACAGGAUCAGCAGAUAGAUAGAAUUGACUGAUGGGUGGCCACAUGGUAACUUGGAGUAAAUCUGUUAAGCUUGACAAAUGUACACCACAAAAGUACUUUAAAACCUCAAAAAAAAGCCUAGUCCCAAUCAGACGCCUGUCCGUUUUACUGGUCUGGUGUGGCUACAAGUUUUUAUAAAUAAACACAGGUCUCAAUUAGAUGGCUGCUCUGUUUUUUAUGUAUUAAACCUCACUGGGUCGCUGCUUAGAUUGUGCAUACCAAUAUAAAUGUUUAAACCUUUGCCAGUAUGAGAAUGCUGUACGUCGUUAGAUCAUUUAGAUUCUCCACUUUUCAAUCGUUUAGUUCAUUUCUCUGAAACAAUAAGCUUCAAAGUAUUAUUCAUUAAGAUUUACCGGUGUGGUAAAGGAAUUAAAGGCCUGUCCCAAAUAAUGGCAUGGUGAGUUCAGUGAAGCUACGGCUUAUUAAUUGAAGUUUUAUAGUAUAUAUUAUAUUUUAUCAUGACUUAGUGUGCUGUAUACAUAUGUAUAAACAGGGAAAACAGGUAGUUUUAGAGCAAUUUUAAUUCAAAUUUAUAAUAUUCAAAAUGUAUCCAGUGAAGUGGAGCCCGAUGAUUUCCUACUCAAGUGUAUUCAUGUGCCAAUAUUCUACAUUUAGCUACAGUUCAGCUGUAUAUUUCACUCUGGUGAAAACAGACACACCUCUUCAGACAGCUCAGUUCACAUAUCAAACAACAACUCCAAUGACAAAUAAACAUACUUCCAAGCAACUAUAUUUAAUGUCCUGUCCUGCUUUUAGUUUCUGACAUGAGAUGAUGAAUCAUUUCCAAGCAAACAGAUGAAUUCAGUCUAUUAAGGUGAACAAUUAGCCUAAGGCUAACUCUGGUGUAAUGCAUCAAAAGUUUACAUUUAUGUUAUUAAUUGCACAUGGUCCCUUCUAAAUAAAAAUCAAUCAAACAACAGUGCCACCCAGUGAUUGUGUCCUUUAUUGCACAUUUUGCUUGUUGCUCACAUAUAAAAUACAGACCUCAUUUGUUACAAAAGUUCUUUGGAACCAUAAGUGACAGAAAAUGUAUUUUUAAUUAUGUGACUUCAGGCAUCAUUUAAAUCACAAUUUUGACAAAAUACCAAUACUAUUUAUGCGUUAUACCUAUAGAUACUCUCAAAGAAACUUAAGAAUACUCUUUUAAUUUCUCUUUUUUCUUUUCUUGAAAUAAGAUUGGUAAAGGGAAGGGAAAAAAGCUUGAUCAUUUAAGUUAGCUGCAGUCAAACAGGUUUUUCCAUCUACUGAUGACAAUUUCGUCUGUGCUCCUGUUUACUGGGAGAAAUGCCCAAAUGUCAAAUAAUUGCUGCUAUGUACUUUUAUUUUUCAUAUUUAUUUUUACAGAAUUUUUACAUUUUUCAUUAUUAUUAUUUUUUAUU